CUUGCACACAUUUAGCUCUCCAACUAAUGGCUCUCCUGAGGAUAUUGCUGCCUUUAUUCACAGUCAUGUAAUUCUAAGUAACUUAAUGGCAGCUUUCUAAUUAAGUAAUCAGAGUGAGGAAGUCCUGUAUUAACACUGUCUGUUGGCUCAGUGAGGUGAUCAGAGAGGGGGGUGCCCUGUGAUGGAGCCUGUUUUGUACUGUGGCAGUGACCCCCGUUAGCAGCUGUUAGGGAGGGUUAUCUGUAUCAAUCUCUGAGUAAUAUCUCCCCUAUUUCUUUUCACAGGCAUUGGUGUAGGACCUUAUCUUACAACACAAACAAAGCUUUUGAUGUGAAAACUUUGAGCAGAGGCAAGCUGCUAUUUUAAAUUAGAAAUUAAACGGUUUUUGUGAGACAGUUCAUUACCAAUGACUUUAUGACACAGAUUCAAUGGGGGCAUGUUAUUCAAAGUCAGGUCAUGAUGUAGACAAUGCCAAGAAGAAGUCCCCACAUAGCAAGAAGCACAAGAAUGGAAUCGCUGUGACCAUUGAAUAUAGUCCUGUCAGAUCACCCAAUCAUGAUGAAGAUAGACUGUCUAUUUAUGAUAAUGAAAGUGAGAAAGAGGACAAAAUUGUCAAAGAAUCAAAUGGAAAUGUUGAAGGACAGUGCUGUUCAAAAGUGGUCAAGGACAAAGAAAAGGUUGUUUCUGGUGAAGAGGGUAAAGAUAGUGAGAAAUGUGACCUAGUGACCUCAAAAGAGAGUUCAGAUGAGGUCAUAACCUCAGAUUCAAAAGUGACAGAGAAGGUUGUGUCAGCAUCAGAUAGUGGGAUAGAGAGUCUGCCAGCUCAGGAAUCGUGUCACUCUAGUCAAACAUUUUGUGAUAAAACCAAGCCAUAUCAAAACAGUGACGAGGACAAAACGAUAGCUAACCCCAAAAACGAGACACAUGACAUUCACGGUGAGUUUACUGCUCAAUCAAGGAGCAGGCCUUAUCGUUUUUCUGAUAUUAUCUAUCUCAAGUCCAGUCUAAAGAAACCAGGGAGAGCCUCUGGUAGACACAGUCGACUGUCCUGUAAGUCUACGGACAGUCUAGACUGGACGGCUACACUGAUCAAUAGCCUGGACCGAUGUCGAAGUGAGGCCUCAGAAUUUUUUUGUGAAGACUUUAACAUAUCAGCUCCUCUUGCUGCAUUUGAUUCUGUAGAUUUUAUGAGCAGUGCAGGGUCUCUGUUGAGGAACAGAUUAAGUAGAGCUAGCAUUGUUGACCAUAAUAAUGAUACAUUUCAAUUUCAAUUUGAUUUUUCUGGAAUAGAAGCCGAAGAAGUUGAGGCGAGCUCAGUUCCGAUAACCUCAGAAUCGCUACCAUGCUCGCCUAUUCGUCAAAAUACGGUCAGUCCAGAUGGUGUGAAUCUGGAACUGGCCGGCUCGAAAAGAGCCUCGCAGGAGCUCAGGCCGAAGUCCAUCAUGAAAGUAAGAUUCGAUUCAGAGGCUAGUUUAGAGUUGACCUCUACAUUUCCAAGGUUAGAGGAAGUGAAGACCAUGCAGAUAGAUGGGAAGGAUGUGGUGGUCAUUGAUGUGGAAACUUAUGCACAUAUCAUGGAGGAGUUGGCCAUGCUCAAGAUGAAGCUCAGUCAGCUAACAGACUUCUUACAGGAACAAGACUUGCUCCAGCUGGAUUCUUCAAAAGAGAGAGCUGAUAUAUCAAGUUUGAGCCAGUCUAUAGAAGACUUAAUGGACACAGCUUCUGUGAAGAAAACUUAACAACUGUGUAAUUCUUUGAGAGAAAAGUCAUUCCAUUGUAAACCUCAUAAAUCAUUCAGCAUCAUACAGCUUGGAGAAGAAAGGAUCCGUCCUAUAAAAGUGCUAAUGGACGGCUGAAAGUCUCCAUCAUUGGUUCAGAUCUGUCUGUAUUCAUUUCAGUUUUGGUUUGAUACAGAUAGGAUGCUUUUGUACUUAAUGAGCAUAAGGCCAUAUCCUUGUAUUAUGUUAACAAAGACUUAUUUUUUUGUGUUCGAUUCUGAAUUUCAUUCAUCAGAAUGAAAGUCUGCAAUUUUAUUUUUAUACUUUUUUUUUAACUUUUAGAAACAAAAAAGGAAACACAAAUAAUAUCACAUAAGUUCAUAAAGCAGCUGAUUUGAUUUUAUUUUUUUAUUUAAUAUUUAUUCUAUUUUAUCUUAUCAAAGAAUGUGGCUAAGAAUACUUUUUCAUUCAUUUCUAAGAAAAAAAAAAUUACUCUGUACUGUCUUUUCUGUACAUGUGCAUCAUUUUAGUUGGGAUUUUGAGAGAAAUAUGAGAACAGAACAUAGUUCAUAAACUUAUCAAUAGGUUGGUUCAGUGUAUGUGCACUUGAUUAAGGUUGUAGAAGGGGAAACUAGAAUCAGUGCUGUGAUUUAUUUUUAAUAAAAAAAAAUGUACAUGUAUAUUUUGUUGUCAUGUCAAAUAAAGGAGUUUAUACAUGGCUUGGAAGCUAUCAAAACUCUAAAACACUUUUUUUUUUGAGAGUGAAUAAAAAGAGAAUUUUUAUAUGAUUUCAAGUACAUGUAAUACCCAGUAUAUGACUUAAUGAUUUUUAGCUUUAAGAGAAUUAAACAACAAUCAUGGCAAGCAUUCCUAAUUGACUAAGGUCUUCUUAGCUUUACCUUUUUAAGCUUUCUUUAUGUAAUAUGCAUCAUAAAAUGUAAAAAGGGUAAAACUUCAAGUGUUAUUGAACCAAAAAUCAAGAUCUUGGCUUAGUACUUGUUGUAGUUAGCAGUUCAGGUACAUGUAGUUAGUCAACACUAAAGUUAGAUCUAGUCAUACACGAUAUAAAGAGAAAUGUGUCUGAAAAAUUUAUUUUCAUUUACAUGAUUAAAUGCAUUAAUGAAUAAACUUUGAUUUAUCAAAUUUAUUACACAAAAUAAGAUGCUGUAUUUUUGCAUCGAAAACGCAUCUAGGGGGAGGUAACUCUCCAUGUAACCUCCUCAAUGUUUAUAAACAUCACGUACUUGAAGGUAAAAAAGAAGUAGUAAUUUAUCUGUUUUAGCAUUGUUAUUUAUCAAUUUGUACAAAACAAAGAAAAGCUGGAGACCAACACCUUGAGGUUAAAAUUGUGGAAGAUUCUCAAUUCUUUAUCAAAAUAAUUCUUUAUCAAUUUGUGUUUGAACAUGUGAAAAUUAGCUUUUUUUUCUCUUUGCGUAGUUGAAGUGUGAAAUUGGUGCAUACCUCUCUUUCAAACGCAAUUUCUUCAUGUGUUCAUAAUGAUAGUACAGGUUUCAUAUACAUGUACUAAAUUAUUUUUUGUUCACUGUUUUGUCCUAACAUUGUAGUACACCUUUUGUUAGUAAUGAUCAUGCAUUAUAAAUUUAAAACAGAAACUUUCUAACAAACUAAAUAAUGAGUAAACAAGUGAUACAAUGUACAUGUACAUGUACAUAUGGAAACAAUGACACUACCAUUAGAAUUGCAAUACAGUUUCGCAUUUUUUAUAUAAGUGUAUCAAAUGAAAUACAAGAAAAAAAUUAUUUUUCUUAUGCUAAAAUACUUUAUUUCUUCUGACAAACCAUAAUUUUGCUUCAUUUAUUUCAUAAAAUUUAUACAAUGUACCACUGAAGAUUAAAGUUUUAAAAUUUGAACAAAGAAAUGUUUAUGGAGACUGAAAAUAAUAUGAUGAAUUUUUUAAAACUUUUUUAAGGAUAAUUAAGGAGUCAGAUAAUUUUAUAUGUUUUCAGAUUUAUUCAAAAUGUAGUGUACAGAUUAAAAUCACUGACUUGACAGUAAUUAUAAAAUAACAUACAUACGUCAUGUAUCUUCUUUCCCAAAGAUGCCAAAAUAUGACACAGAAAGGUUAAGGAUGUGUACAGUGUAUAGAUUUUAGUGAAAUACCCCUGUACUAGAAUGAAGCUGUAAGUCAUUGAUUGGUAUCAAUUCAUUCUAUGGCUGUUAUUUUUGAAGAUUUCUUACAAAAUUAACCCAACUACCCCUUAAAGUCAUCUUUUGUGAAGAUGUGAUCACUUAUUUAGUGCAUUAUAAUCACAAAUGAUUAAUGAUAUUUUUAAUUAAUUUCUAUCUUGUUUAUUUUUAGCUCUACUGGUCAGAGACCAGAAGAGCUUAUGCGAUAGUAAUGCGUCCGUCGUCCGUCCGUCCGUCUGUCUGUCUGUCUGUCUGUCUGUCUGUAAACAAUUUUUCAAAAUGCUACUCCUCCUACAGUUUUGGUCCGAUUUCAAUAUAACUUGGCACACAAGUAGACUACACUAAGAUACAUAAUUUUGUGCAUCGGUUUUUGAUUUCGAUGAACAGUGUUGCCGUGGUUACUAAAAAUAGAAAUUUCUGUGAAAUUCUUUCAAAAUGCUACUCCUCCUACAGUUUUGGUCUGAUUUCAAUAUAACUUGGCACAAAAGUAGACUACACUAAGAUACAUAAUUCUUUGCAUCGGUUUUUGAUUUCGAUGAACGGUGUUGCCGUGGUUACUAAAAAUAGAAAUUUCUUUGAAAUUCUUUCAAAAUGCUACUCCUCCUACAGUUUUGGUCCAAUUUCAAUAUUACUUGGCACACAAGUAGACUACACUAAAAUACAUAAUUCUGUGCAUCGGUUUUUGAUUUCGAUUAGCGGUGUUGCCGUGGUUACUAAAAUUAGAAAUUUCUUUGAAAUUCUUUCAAAAUGCUACUCCUCCUACAGUUUUGGUCCAAUUUCAAUAUUACUUGGCACACAAGUAGACUACACUAAAAUACAUAAUUCUGUGCAUCGGUUUUUGAUUUCGAUGAACGGUGUUGCCGUGGUUACUAAAAUUAGAAAUUUCUUUGAAAUUCUUUCAAAAUGCUACUCCUCCUACAGUUUUGGUCCGAUUUCAGUAUAACUUGGCACACAAGUAGACUACACUAAGA